GCUCGAGUCCUCCUCCACCGUGGCUGGAUCUCCUUCCACUUUGACUUUGACUCGGACCAGGUUUGAGGCACCGGAUCCAGACUGAUUCGGGACUUUUGAAUGACCCGGACAUUUUUCCAAAGAGCAAACAUCCGCCAUUCUCAAACCGAUAGAAUGGGACGACGACUUGGGCCGAUCCAGCUUGUCGUGCUGGCCUUGCUCGUCCACAUGGCCACGGCUCGAGUUUUGCCGGAGCAGAGGCGGCAGCUGAAUCCAACAGACAACAGUAAUAACCAGGUCAAGGCUUCGUGUCUUUGGCGUGGCCAGUUGCGCAUGAGCCCUGGCGAUCAAGCGGCCACCCUUUUAUUGCAACGGACCAGUGAUGGGGUACGACGCCAGCUACAGUUGCAUAAAGAUCAUGCCGUGCUCGGCCCUCGAGUCCAGCACAUCAUGGCCCACGCCGACUUCUGGUCCUCGGUCGACGGCACCAACCGCUUCACUCGACACGGCACAACCGUGUCUGGGGUUUUGCACCUUGAUAAUGGCAGCCCUCUCUUUCUGGGAACUAGUCCUUUGAAUGCUUCCCUCUGCUUUCGUGCUCUCACAUCCCACGCUCGACCGACACCGACAAACUCCUCAGAGCACAGUUUCACACCUGAUACCGCGCACCCCCACCCCGUCGAUGAGGGCGGUGCGAUUUCCCAAGCUCAGCGCCUUGAGGACAUUAUUUCUGCCGCCACCACCGCGCCUACGCCUCCACCUACUCCCAUGCGCCACCGACGCGAUGGACCAGCCUCGCCCAACCACAAGUGGUGCACCGUGUAUGCCGAUGCCGAUGACACCUUCUUUGCCCGCUGGGCCGGCGAGUGCCCUCCCGGAUACACGGGAACUGCAUGCACAACCCUCCAAGAGGAGCGCAUCACAACGCUACUCGCCUCACGUUUCCAUCAGGUCAACGCCAUGUACAGCAACAGCAACGUGCCCGUUCAGUUUCAGUUGGCAGGCGUGUCUUUUUUGAACCGCGCGUUCCCAAACCCCAACUCAACCAGCUCACCAACCUUACUCUGGCGGGCCAACAAUGUUCUCGAUGCUUACCAAGCCUGGCUCGUCAACGGCGGUAGCUUUGCAGGGGGUGUUUUUGUUGCCCCAGACCCUCGCGGCAAUGGCGUUACUUAUGCCGAUAACUGCCUCAACUACCUCUUUACAAACGUCAACACAAACUAUACCCUGGGCCGUGCUGCGCAAGCCUCCACCCAAGCUAACCUUGUUGCUGGCAUCUGUGACACUCGCAUCAUUCAGUCGAGUCCAGCUGCCCUCAACUCGGGAUAUGUUACUAGCCUUGUCGUCUACGGCGCCGUUGAUGAUGAUGUUGCAGUGGUGGCACUAGCACACGAAUUGGGGCACAAUAACGGCGCUGUCCAUGACUGUUGUCAGAGUGGGGAUGGCACAUGCGACACCGCCACCUUCCCACUCUGCAGUACCUCCACUUCGCACGCGUGUUACCCCUUGGCGGCCAACGGCGGCCAUUAUAUCAUGGCACCCACUAUCGUCAAGCACGAUUCCGGCAACUUUCGGCUUUUUUCUCCGUGUUCUGUUGCCAGCAUGAGUUCCACCAUCGCCUUGCAGGGCGACUGCCUUCUGGAAGAAGAUCCUUGUCGAUUUGGAGGCCCCUGCUGCAGCAGCAUGGGGCUGGCUCCCAACAACACAUUUUGUCGUGCCCCAGAUGAAACCGAGUCCUGCAGCGAGGUGGCGCUGUGUGAUGGUGAACACGCCUAUUGUCCCGUGGCCUUUUUGACAGAUGAUACUCCUUGCACAUUGACGACCAACCCUGCGCAAGUUGGCCGCUGUGUGUCUGGCACCUGUGAACAACUACAUGACGAGUUUUGCCAAACCAACGUGGGGCUGGAUCAAGGUUGCACGCUGCCGGGCAAGGAAUGCGCCCGUGCCUGCCUUUACACAAACAUUUGCGCUGCGUAUGGACAAGGCUGCUCGGCCGACUGGUACUUGGUCCCUACAUCCACCUGUCCACAAGCACCAGUUGGCACGGCCUGCACGCGAGUCGACGGGACCAAAGGACAUUGUGGUGAAACGGGGGCAUGCACUUUAUGCACUGAUCAGAGCACUUGCCAUCAACCCAGUCUGCCUCCUUGUCCCUUGGGUUGCGACACCGCCGUGACCGAGUGCCAGGAAGACGAAGGGUGGUGUCGGCAUGAUCAGCGACGCUGUGUCUUUUCUGCGUUGGCUGACGAGACUCCAUGCGCCUAUGGCACUUGUCAAAGCGGCAUCUGCAAAGCACGUGCGGAGAAUGAGACGGCCGAAGUUUGUACAACUGCAGACUACGAACCUUGGUCUACAUGCAACAUUGAGUCAUGCAUCGUCUCUCGCAUGGCUCGAGAAGGCAAAACGUGCCGUCAAGCUCAACAGUUUGCCGCGUGCUGUGGGGCUACCCUUGCGGUGCUGGGCCUUGAAGGCUGGGAGGUGGUGGAGGCUGUCAAGUUUUUGCGGCAAAUUGCAGACGAGCCCACUCUUGGCUUGGUUUAUCACGAUUCCCUGGGCUUUACAAUCCAACAACCCGGAGACAACGGCACGGCUCUUGCUGUGGCGCUGCAGUCGUCUGCGGCCGCAAUGGCAAGCCACUUUGGAGCAGCGGUAAGUGUGACUGUUGCGACGCCACCCGCCAAUGACACAGCCGACAACCAUACCACGUCCACCCAACCAAGCACGUCGGUCAUCACUUCCACGACCGCACCGACAACGACAACAACCCUUCCGGAGACCACGUCAACCAGAAUCGGACAGGGAGGUGGCGAGACCAAGAGCAGUUCUGGCACGGAGAGCCUGGGUCCUGCCGGUAUCGCGGGCUUGGCUUGUGCGGCAGUGGCUGCCGUGGUGCUAACGGCUAUCUGGGUCGUCUAUCAGACCCGAUCCUCAGCUGUGGGGGCUGAAUCUACGACCGAGGAGAAAAGUGACCUUACGCCCACCUUGCAUCGCGAGAACCCUGUUUUUGAGGCGUUGGAUCAAUGA